AUGUCUUCACGCCUUUCUGUGGCCAUGAAGCCGCAAGCUGGAAUACCAAUUCUACAGCGAUCGCUAAAUACAAAAUCUUCGUCAAAAACAGAAACUAAUCCAAAUCCUAAGAAAAUAUGCAGUGAUAUGGUUGGGCCUCCGGAUCCAAUAACAAAUUUAAGAAAGUUUGUAUUCAAAGAACCAGCUAAUGAAACAAGCUUGGAAAAGGCUUAUAGAGAAAUGAGAACAGAGGUGCAGAAAUGGCAUCACAACUUUUGGACUCAACAUAAUUCAAGAUUCUUCCAGGAACGGGAAGAAUAUCUUAGAAAAAACUUGCCAAUAGGCAAGGAAAAUCUUUCUGCAGAUGAAAUGAGUGUAUUUUAUAAAUCUUUUUUAGAUAAAAACUGGAAAUCACACAUAGCAUAUAAUAAAGAAUGUGGCAAGGCGUUACUCUUCCGGUCCGUUGGCAAGGCUGACCAGAUGUCAUCUCGCCGGAGGGAUGGAACGGAGAAAAGUCUGCAGGACGUCGUUACCCUGCUGAAAGAAUUGGCUUCAGAUGAUGUGCCUUCAGUCGUGGCGAAGGAGCUACACAAGCCCUCUCGUCACGUUCGACCACGUCUAUGUCACCAGGUUGCUCAAGGACAUUAA